CCCAAAACCAACAAUGGCUUUCCUUGGUCCCCGCCCGCUGUUACCCAUAACUCCCCCACCCCGGCCAGCAACUCAACCAACACACGCAGCUGACAACAGCUUUUUUUACAUAAUUCAUUUAAUCUGUAAUCUGUACAAAAUACAAACCCUGUGUAAGAGUCGCAAAAAUAGAUUGAGCUCGUUGAUUAUAUUAAGCCUCCACCGAAAUACAGGAAGGAUCUUUUAUCAGUACGUCGCCACACACCCGCUCAUAAUCUCACCAGAAUGAAAGAACAAGGACGGACGAUCCAUGGCCACAAACACAUGGUUGUUUGGGUAUACACCACUCGGCACUGUUUCCAUACUCUGAGGGAACCGCGUUACACAAAAGCCACGAUGGAACUUACGAUGGCACAGCAAAGAUUCUUCUUUUUGAACACAUUUUUAGAACCCCACAAGUCCAAAAGCGUCGAAAAGAUUCCUUAUCCGGCAUCUAACCCCCCCCCAUCUCUCCCUCUGAAAUUCCGUCAUGUAGUUCUCCUUCCAUCAGUCAUGUGCUGCCACUCAUCUCGCACUCUCGUUCUCUCUUCCUUGACUACGGAUGCUAGGAUAUUCACAUUUGUUUCCAUGACAACAAUGUUGUUGUCUCCCACUUUAAUGUUUCCAAAAAAAAAGAAAAGUGUCAACAAGAUCAAAUAUUUACAUUAUUGCAUCAAGCCUGAAAUCAACAGCGUGAUCGACGCUUUCCAACUCCGGGCAUACCAAAUGAAGGGUGUAAUAGAAAGGGAGGAAAUCCAUCCAGCCACCAAUGUUAGGUUAUAUUCAACCUUACAUGAUAGGCUGUUGAGAAAAAUGGACGGUGUGAGGGGGGAAGUGAAGAAAAAAGAACAGAAUAGCUUUUCGGUUGGACGAAAAGUUUAAUCCAUGUCGUAACAUACCAACUACUAAUAGCUAUGCUGCUGCAUUAGAAGACAAGAAGAACCAGAAGAUGAAAGGCAUUGAGGCUAUACUUUUAUUUUGAUGGGUACUGU